AUGGAACCAAUACCCGAAAAGCUCCGGGUCCUCAUCGUCGGCGCAGGCAUCGCCGGCUGCGCCAGCGCUUACUUCCUCGCCAAGCAAGGCCACUCCGUAACAGUCAUCGAACGACACCCAGGCCUCCGCACCAAUGGCCUGCAACUCGACCUCCGCGGCCAUGGCAUUGAAGUGAUGAAGCUUAUGGGCCUGGAAGCUGCGGUACGCGCACAAUGCGUCCCUGAGGAAGGUGUAGCAUUGGUGGACGCGACGGGCAAGCGGAGAGCGUUCUUCGCGGCUAACAAGACGGGGAAGGGCGCGCAGAGCAUGACGAGUGAGUUCGAGAUUAUGCGUGGGGAUCUGUGUCGAUUGUUGUGUGAGGCGGCAGACAAUGUGGGCGCGGUGUUCAAGUAUGGAGUGGGCGUGGAAGCGUAUAUGGAGAUGGGAAAGGAGGUGGAAGUUAGGCUGACAGAUGGGAGGGUGGAGAAGGUUGACUUGUUGGUUGGGUGUGAUGGGCUGGCGUCAAGGGUGAGGAGAUUGAUGGAUGGGGCCGGGACUAUAAUUGAGGGAAAGAAGGAUACAGCGUUGGAGGAGAUGGCAGAGAAGAUUGCGUACUUUACGAUGGAGGAGCCGCAGCAGGAGGGCGAGCAAUGGAUAAUGCAGGGAUGUGUGUUUCCUGGUGGGAAGAAGUUGGGAACGAGGCGGCAUCACGAGAACAGGAUACAAAUGUAUCUUAUGUGGGAUGAGAGGCCCGGUGCUGGAGGGCCACUCGACAAGAUCAAGAGAGGCGAUGUAAAGGCCGAGAAGGCUGCAUUUGCGGAUCUUUACCGGGGCGAGGGUUGGAGGGCGAAUGAUGCUGUCAAGGAGCUGGAGACCGGCGCCGAGGAUUUCUACUGUCAACACACAGGAGUUGUCAAGCUGGACAAAUGGUCGAGGGGACGUGUCACGCUGGUUGGCGAUGCUGGAUAUGGCCACCCACCGGAUGGAUACGGUACCAGUUGCGCGCUGGUCGGCGCGUACGUCCUCGGUGGUGAGAUCGAAAAAGAAUUUCGGCAGACAAGCUCGACCGAGAGCAAAGAAUCGCUGGCAAAGAAUCAGGAUCCGCUUCUGGCGGCGCUCGAAUCCUAUGAGGAGGUUUUCGGCCCACACAUGAAGAGUAUUGUCAAUUCGUACUCGGCAGCGCCAAGCAUGUUCGACAACAUACCUUGGAAUGGAUUUACAAUUGGUUUGAUGUACAGAGUGAUGGGCACAGUGGCGUACCUGGGCUUGGACAAGCUCGCGAUGAAGUUCAUGCCAGCGGACAGUGGCAAGUGGAAGCUCCCGGUGUAUGAUACAGUGGUGGACGCUUCGUGA